CUUAAACCGUUCCAACGUCCCCACUUUUUCAAUCCCCCUCCUCUCCUCAUCGAAGUUCGUGGCGCGCCUAUAAAUAUACCCAUUUCGAGCUCAACCUCUUCACCUCCUCCUCCGUCGAACUCCCCCAGCUCUCCCUCCGCCGCUCUCUCUCUCUCUCUCUAUCACUCCCUAUCUCUAUCGACCUCGAUCUCGGCGGAGACGGAGAAGAGGGCAGAUUCCUGCUACGAUCCGAUCGAUAGGGGACGAUCUCGGAUCGAUCUCUCUUCAUGGAGCGGGACAGCUCGCGGAGGAAAUGGAAGCGGACUAUGUCGGCGGUGAUGGCCCCGAGGCCGUCGGAGGCGGAGGAAGAGGCGGUUGGAUUGGCUUCCGACGGCGGAAGCGGAGGUGGGGACGAGUACACGGUCGAGGAAGUGCACGAUCUGAUCGGAUCGUCGAGGGGAAGCCUGCAGAGUGUCCUUGCCGACGAGUCCCGCCGGGCCUCCGGCGACGAGCUCCUCUUGCGGUUCGUCUUCCGCCCCGACAACGGGUGGUACGAGACAUGGAUGCAGUUCAUAAUGCUAUGGGCAGUGUACUCAUCCUUUUUCACUCCAUUAGAGUUUGGCUUCUUCCGUGGCCUCCCAAAGAAUCUUAUCUUCCUCGACAUGACUGGUCAGGUUGCCUUCCUAGUUGACAUCAUAGUCAAUUUCUUCCUUGCCUAUCGUGACUCCCUCACCUAUCGCAUGAUCUACAGUCCAACCAGCAUUGCUUUCCGGUACCUGAAGUCAAGCUUUGUAUUUGAUUUUCUUGCAUGUGUGCCAUGGGAUUACAUCUACAAGCUAUCUGGACGUAAAGAAGAAGUAAGAUACCUCCUAUGGAUUCGAUUAAUUCGAGUGCGAAAAGUCACAGAUUUUUUCCAGAGGAUGGAGAAGGACAUUCGCAUCAACUACUUGUUCACAAGAAUAGUUAAGCUUAUAGUUGUUGAACUCUAUUGCACACAUACAGCUGCUUGUAUCUUCUACUACCUUGCAACAACACUCCCCGCGUCGAUGGAAGAGUAUACAUGGAUUGGAAGCCUGAAGCUAGGCGAUUACAGCUAUUCUCAUUUCCGAGAAAUCGAUCUUUGGAGACGCUACAUAACAUCCUUAUAUUUUGCCAUUGUAACCAUGGCAACAGUAGGUUAUGGAGACAUACAUGCGGUCAAUACUAGAGAAAUGGUAUUUAUCAUGAUCUAUGUCUCUUUUGAUAUGAUUCUGGGAGCUUACCUUAUCGGUAAUAUGACUGCACUGAUUGUAAAAGGAUCAAAGACAGAAAGGUUUAGAGACAAAAUGAAAGAUCUCCUCAAUUAUAUGAACAGAAAUAAAUUGGGAAAAGAAAUCCGCGACCAGAUCAAAGGGCAUGUGCGUUUGCAAUAUGAGAGUAACUACACUGAGGCUUCUAUUCUCCAAGAUAUUCCGAUUUCAAUUCGUGCUAAGAUUUCUCAAACUUUGUACAGACCAUAUAUUGAAAAAGUCCCAUUAUUCAAAGGAUGUUCUACGGAAUUCGUAAAUCAGAUUGUAAUCAGACUACAAGAGGAGUUUUUCCUUCCAGGUGAAGUCCUAUUGGAACAAGGCAAUGCAGUCGACCAACUUUAUUUUGUGUGUUAUGGUGUUCUGGAAGGGAUAACAAUUGGUGAAGAUGGAUCGGAAGAGACUGUUCUACUCUUGGAGCCUAAUAGUUCAUUUGGAGAAAUUUCCAUUCUUUGCAACAUUCCUCAACCUUACGCCAUUCGGGUUCGUGAACUUUGUAGACUCUUGCGUCUUGAUAAACAACUUUUUGCAAAUAUUAUGGAGAUAUAUUUUGUGGAUGGUAGGACGAUACUAAGCAACCUUAUCGAGGAGAAUGAAUCCAAUGGGCGAAUCAAACAUCUUGAAUCAGAUAUCACAUUUCAUAUUGGAAAGCAAGAAGCCGCACUUGCUUUACAGGUUAAUAGUGCUACUUACUAUGGCGAUCUGCUUCAGCUGAAAGGUUUGAUCAAAGCGGGAGCUGAUCCUAAGAACACAGAUUAUGAUGGCCGUUCGCCUUUGCAUCUUGCAGCUUCAAGAGGGUUUGAAGAUAUCACCUCAUUCCUCAUUCAAGAAUGUGUCGAUAUUAAUGCUUCUGAUAAUUUCGGGAACACACCAUUGUUUGAAGCUGUGAAGAAUGGACAUGACAAGGUGGCUUCUUUACUAUACAGCAAUGGAGCCAAACUGAAUCUUAAAGAUCCCAGUAGCCAUCUUUGUUCAGCUGUUGCAAGGGGGGAUUCUGAUUUUAUCAAACGGCUUUUAGCUUAUGGAAUUGAUUUGAACUUGAAGGACUACGAUAGCCGUACCCCACUCCAUGUAGCUGCUUCUGUCGGUUUUUAUGCCAUCACAAAGAUGCUAUCAGAGGCUGGGGCAAGUGUCUUUUCAGUCGACAGGUGGGGCAACACCCCUUUGGAUGAAGCAAUGAAGUGCGGUAGCGAAUCCAUGGUGAUGUUAUUAGAAGAUGCAAAAUCUCAAGAGCUCUCCAAGUUUCCCGAGCGUGCCCAAGAACUCCAAGAAAAAAUGGAAUCUCGGAGGAGAUGCACAGUGUUCCCCUAUCACCCAAGGGAUUUGAUAGAGAGCCGAAAAGAAGGAGUCAUGUUAUGGAUCCCCCACACUCUCGAAGAGCUCAUUAACUCCUCACAGGAAUUGCUCAAUUGCUCAGUUUCGCGCUUGCUCUCUGAAGAGGGAGGAAGGAUAUUGCCCGCCGGCUUGAUCACCGACAACCUAGCACCCUCGGUUCAUGCUCAAAAUACAACCACCACAAGUGAUAAGGAGCUCAAUUAGCUGUUCAAGCAUAUGUGUUAUUACUUGUAUCAUUAUCAUCAGCAUCAUCAUCAUUAUCAUUGCAUCAAUCAAGGAAAAGAAAUCAUUUACACUCCUUGCCAUUGUUUCAAAAUUUCAUUGAUCCUCUGUCAAACAUGUAAAUUAUAUUAAGGUGACUGAUGCCCCCAUGAGUGUUGUGUAAUAAUAAAAUAUUCAAGGGAACAAAUAAGAGGAUCAGAGUUUGAAUCCUAAU